AUGGAAGCAUCUACAAGCUCAGUCAUCUACACAACAAAAUCUAAGGGACAGACUACUCCAUCUGAUGUCAGAGUGAAAUUUGAUCAUGCAUACAAUAGAAAGAAGAUGGCUAGUAUUGAAAAAGACAUAGAAGAUAUCUGGAAAAGACGCCUUGCCGAAAUACCUUCUCUUUUCAAUGGAACCAAGUUCCGGCUUCAUUCCGUCGAGGAGAAAGGUGAAACACUGACACUGAAUAUGGGUAUUACCUGUUAUAAAGACUUUCAAGGGACUAAUUUAUCAGAAGAUGUACUAAGUUUACAAGGUCGAGGCCUAUGUGAUUAUGAUGAUUCACAAGCUUAUAUGUCUGAUGCACUUGGAGUCGGGGCCCUUGUCCAGACAGCUGAUGACCAUAUCGUGUUGUUGUUCAGAUCGAGAAAUUGCGGAGAGGAAACUGAACGAUGGGAUAGACCUGGAGGCCAUUCAGAACCAAAGAACCUUGUUGGACCAAUACAGUCAGAUGAAAUUGAUCUCUUAGAACUGAAAGGAGAUGCUGUAGUCGAAGAAUUAUUCAAUUCGAUUGUGGAAGAGGUGAUAUCGGAGGUCAACAUUCCCGCUGACACUCUGGAGCAACCUGGCAUACUUGGCAUACAAAGAAGUAAUUUGAGCGGCGGAAAAUCAAAUGUUGAGUUCCUGAUAAAGUGCAAGUUGAAAGCAUCGGAAGUAGAAUCUCUGUACAAACAAGGCUGCCAAGCGGAGGCAUACGAGUCAGAGAAAAUUGUAUUGCUUCCUAUGGAAAAGGUCCUCAGUGCUCCCUCUUGUGACCUUGACCUCUGGAACAAAAUGACCGCAGGUGCAAAAGGACUUUUGUCUUUGUAUAACAUAUAUAGACACAGAUACAUUCUAUAAUUACAUAUCACAGAGUCUUGUUUAUGUAUAACCGCAUUGAUGACUCGCUGAUAGUUUCCGCUUCGCAUGCGGGGAAGUCGGGGUUUGAUCACCCGUCGGGUCAUAUCAGAGACUUUAUAUAAUGAGUUUUUGUAGCUUCGUCGCUAGCAGUAAACGUGUAGUUUUAGGACUGGUCAAUUUGAUGUUUGUAUAGUGUAUCAUAAUGUGUCUAUGGCGAAGAAUUCAUUCGAUGCAGCACUUAAAGCUGGGCAUUGUGCUCACUGCUACAAGAAGACAUAGUCGUAUGAUUUGGGAAUUUUUAAGAGAAGAUAAAUCCAAGCUCGAACACAGAUGGCUUUUAACAUGUUUUGUUUUUUAUACCAUUCUGUUUAAUAAGCAGCAUUUCUUUUUUCUGUUUCAGAAAUACGUUUCAGAAAUACUCUUGGAUAUAUAUAAUUUAAUAUGUCGUACACAACUUACAAACAAAUUAUUAUGUCUGAUAAUUGAUACAUUUACACAGAAGUGAUUUUGAAACCAAAACUAUGAUAAAUAACCUUUUAACACUUUCAAAGGUACUUGAUGAGAAAUUAUAGUUCGUGUUCUGUAUUAUAGGGAUUAAUUACAUAUUAUGGAGAAAUAAAUUUAGGACUAAAAACAAUAAAUUAUAUUAGUUAGUUUUUACACGGUGGGUUAAUACGUAAAAUGUCUUCAAUGAAUAUAACGUUAUUUUUCUGCCAACUGCUACCGACAGAGAUGUAAUUAAAUCAAUAUGAAUCAUCUAUUGACAACAGGUUAUCCCUAUUAUUUUAAGGUUAAGCAAAUAAAAGGUCAGUGUCAUAUUUACGUUGAAACUGAAAAGGAGUUGUCUGUGAUUUUUUCGAGGUUGUCACAAGUGUCUAUAGGAACAGC